AUGGCUCUAUGGGUUGAAAUAAAGUCAUUUGAUCUCUUCUCUUAUUAUCCCCAACGUGAAGGCAGAGGCAGAAGCUAUAAAUCUGCCUGCCAUGGCUGGCUGGAUCAAAAUGGGCUCCUCUUUGUAAGAGUUGCAUCCAUAGGCACAACACCAGUGCCUCCAGUCACUAAUUUCCGUGUGAUAGAAGAAGGACUUUUUAGCUUGAAGGUUGCUUGGACUCCUCCCCUGGGCAAGCUGGAAGGCUACAAAGUCUACAUCCCCAGAGUCAACAGACCAGGAAUGACCUACGAGCGGGUUCUGCGAGGUGACGUCUCCUCCCAUGUGCUAGAUAACUUGCAGGAGGAUAGAGAGUACAGCAUCAGCAUCUAUGCAGUGUACCCCCAGGGUCCAAGCCAGCCCGUAACUGCUGUGGGGAGAACAUUGAAGCUCCUGCCUGUGAAGAGCAUCUUGCUGCAGAAUGAGACCACUGAUACACUCCAGGCGCGGUGGAGCCCUGUCCGGGGAGCAACAGGCUACAGGCUCACCUGGACAUCAACAGAUGGCAGCAUCCAGGAUGUGAACCUCAGCAGCACCUACAGCUACUACAUGAUCCAGGGACUGCAGCCUGGCACAGAAUACACUGUCACCAUCAACCCCAUCUUUGGAGAUGUUGAGGGGCCGGUGGUGAGCACAAAAGCAACUACAGCAGCUUUUGGGGGAUCACUUAGAAUCUAUGGGGGCCUUGAACUGAACAGGCAGAUGUACUUUCUUGCAGUGGCUUCAAGCACUGUGCAGAUGCUGAACGUGAGUGAGAUAUCCACCAAUGGUGCUCUGGUCUCCUGGGACUCAGUUGCUGGGGCCACUGGGUACCGAGUGGCUUGGGGUCCUACACCAGAAUUCUUUGGGAAAGACCGACCUCGGCAGCUGGCCCUCAACAAGUCGAUCACAGCCUACCAGCUCCGCAACCUGGCCCAUGACACCGAGUACGUGAUUUCCCUCUAUGUGCUCUUCGGUGCAGUGGAAGGACCAGGGAUCACAACCUCAGCCAGGACAUCUCCUCUUGGCUACAUCUCCAAUUUCAAGGUGACGUCCUACACCAGCUCAAGCCUGUCUCUGGCAUGGAGCAUCGUGUCAGCUGCCACCAAAUUCAAGGUCACCUGGAGCCCUGUGGGAGCCAGCAAUGAAAAGCAGGUUGCCAAGACUCAGUACCUGGGCAGUAGGUUAUUGGCUCAUCGGAUCGACCACCUGCUGCCUGACACCCUGUAUAAAGUCAGCAUUAGGGCUGUCUUCAGCAAGACCGAGGGGCCAGAGGUGACUCUGACUCACCGCACAGCACCUCUUGAAGACUCCAGCCCCAUCCACACCAUCCAAGAUCUGAGGAUUACCAACACUGCUGUAAAUAGUUUGAAGCUGUCUUGGAGAAGGCUUCCAGGGGCAACUCACUAUAAGAUAUCCUGGGUGCCAUUCAGUGGUGGCUUGGAAACCUCACAGUUAGUUGGAGCAGAGAGCAUCUCAUUCACCAUCCCCAAGCUGAAGGAGAGCACCACCUACACCAUCGGCGUGUCUGCAGUGACUGGAGGACAGGAGGGAAACCCCACACGUCUGACAGCCAAAACUUUGGAUUUUCCCAAAGUGACUGAGUUCAGUAUGCAGGAAGCUGCAGAGACCAGUGUUUUGCUGACUUGGGCAGCUGUUCCUGGAGUAUCCACGUACCUACUAACAUGGCGCUUGUCCUCAGCUUCUGAUCUUUCCCUGGAAGUGCUGUCAGCAGCUUUGAGAUCAUACCGAGUGACAGGACUGAGCUCUGACGAGUCAUAUUUGUUUUCCAUAAAACCGGUCUUUGGAGAUAGAGAGGGACCAGAGACAACACUCACUGGGCAAACAGCUGGACCUCACGGGGAUUCACCUCCACCAGUCUCUCCCGUGACUUCUGCAAAAUUGGCUGCCAUGAGAUCCCCAUCCCCAUCACCGAGCAAUGUGAGGACCACUCCUCUUCCUCUAGCCACCACUACAUUACCACCAGCCGCAGACAGCCUACUGUCAACUACCACAGCUUCUGCACCACUGACAGCUCUCCCUGGGCCAAUCUGUGGCAAGUUCAAGGCAGACAUUGGGUUCCUGGUGGAUGAGUCCUCGAGUAUUGGCUGGAGUAAUUUCAACAAAGUGAAGGAUUUCCUCUUCCGGAUCAUUUCCUAUUUCCCUAAGAUUGGGCCUGAAGGGACACAGGUUGCUGUUGCACAGUACAGCGAGGAGCCCAGAGCAGCCUUCCACUUCAACAAGCACCAGGACCGCAACAGUGCUCUGAAAGCUGUCAAGGAGCUGCACUAUGCUGGAGGCAACACAAAAACGGGUCGUGGUAUAACCUUUAUGCUAAAGGAGUUAUUUCAGCCCUCCAGAGGGAUGAGACCAGAGUUCCCUCAUGUGCUCAUGCUUGUGACUGAUGGGCGAUCCCAGGAUGAUGUGUUGCCACCUGCCAGAGCAGCCCAUGCUUUGGGAAUCCGCGUCAUUGCUGUGGGUGUCUCAGGAGCUGACCCUGCUGAACUCAACAACAUUUUACUGCAGCAGAACCUCCAGAACGUUUUCUAUGUGAGCACAUUUGAUGACUUCCCCCAGAUCCUCCGAGAGCUAAUAGAAGUCAUUUGUUCUGACCUUCAGCCCUCAGGGACCCAGCUGCCAUCUGAGGAGGUUGCCAGACAUGAAGCUGACAAGCAGUUGGCAUUUAAUGACACAGACAACAAGGUACACCUCCCCAGUCCAACUCCAGCUGAACCAGACAUCCAGAAAGGAGUGGAGGCUUGUGGUCCCUGGUGUCAAAAGAACUUCAGGGGCUCACCAGCUCGUGGAGGCUAUGACCCAUAUGGGUUUACUAUGAAGGGAGAGAAAGGAGAGAGGGGUCUACCUGGGAAGGAUGGCAUUCCUGGACUGCCAGGCAGACCGGGGCGAACAGGUCCUCCUGGUCCUCCUGGACUCAUGGGCCUCCCUGGCAUCCAAGGUGAUACUGGAUCUCCUGGCUAUCCAGGACCAGUGGGGCCAAAAGGAGACAGGGGAGAACCUGGCUAUGUCCUGGGAGGAGUGGAGGUGAUUCCUGGCCGAAAUGGGCAUCCCGGCCCCCCUGGACAGAAAGGACAGCCAGGAGUUCCUGGAGUAGCAGGACCACAGGGUUUACCAGGCUUACCAGGGCCACAGGGGCCACCAGGAAUCUCCAUCAAGGGUGAACCAGGGGAUUCAGGUCUCAGAGGCCCUCGUGGAAGGAAUGGCAUCAAAGGGGACAGAGGAGGCAUGGGAGAGCCGGGGAAACCUGGCUUGCCAGGCCCUGUAGGGCUGGAUGGUGUUCCUGGACUGCCUGGACCAAAGGGAGAAAAGGGAGAAAAGGGGAUGGCAGGAAUUGGCAUUCCUGGCACUGCUGGCCCUAAGGGGGAAGAAGGACAGCAGGGGGUGAUGGGCCCUCCAGGAGUACCAGGACCAAAGGGACUUCCAGGACCUCCAGGGCAGAAGGGAGUCCAAGGUUUGGGACCACCAGGGAAGAAAGGUGUCAGAGGUGAUAUUGGACCAACAGGGGCCCCAGGACCACAAGGAGACAAAGGAAUACAAGGAGACAAAGGAGAGAAGGGAAGUCCAGGUUUUGGCAUUCCUGGUCAACCAGGGCUGAAGGGAGACACAGGGGACAGGGGAAACGUAGGUUUGUCUGGCAAACCAGGUUACAAGGGGGAAGUAGGUCCAAAGGGAGAGAAAGGUGAACCAGGAUUACCUGGGAAACCAGGAGAGACCGGCCUAAGAGGUAAAGAUGGAGAACCAGGGAAGAAAGGCACCUCCGGGAUGAAGGGAGAAGCUGGUGCCCCUGGAGAACCAGGAGAGAGAGGAAUGAGGGGUCCAGUUGGACUCCCAGGACGACCUGGAGAGCAGGGGAUGAAAGGCGAUCCAGGAGAGCCUGGGAAGGAUGGUACGCCUGGGCUGCCUGGGACUCCUGGAACCAUUAUGUCUUCUCUGGAGAAUACCAUCACUCUGAAAGGUGAAAAGGGAGAUCGAGGGAAGGAUGGUUUGAAAGGUGAAAGGGGUCCUCCAGGCCCAAAGGGAGAGGCUGGUCAACCAGGAAAAGGAGUGGAAAUGAAGGAUCUUGAGAGACUUUUUGAAGAAAACGGUAUCAAGCUGGCAUUGCUGAAGGACCUCUGCAAUGCAAUCAUGCAGGAGGGGCUGGAUGGACUGAUGCAGCACUUAGGCAGCUCCAAGACCUCCAGGAGAAAGCAGGCACUUCCACACGUACCCAGACAUGGCGGUUCACUAAUGGUUGAUACUUCUUAUGAUGUCCUGACCAGCACUGAGGUGACAGAAGAAGCACAGAGUCUGGAAGUGGACCCUCCGUUUAGGGUGCUGGUGUCUGAAGGACUUCCUAAGGUGAAAACAAGCAGCAGAGUCGAUGAAGUACAGUCACAUAGAUCUGUGCUCUUGUCCAUCCAGUUUGCUGCAGCAAUAACAUUAAGAGCUCAUACAUCUGAUGCACACCAGAGCUUCCAGACCAUGCUCCAGUGA